AUGUCUUACCUCUUGAGGCAUAAAAACUCGGCUGAAGACGCGUUGAAGGAAGCCAAUGAUUGGUUCGGGCUUGCACCAAGUGAGAAGCAAGUUACGUCCAGAGAAAGAAAAUCCAAGGAAUCUCUAGAGACUCCCCAGCAUCCGGAAAGCGGCUUAUGGAUGAAAACGGGCAACGAGGAAGAACCGACUGAGAAACAAAUCAAGAGAACCAAGAAGUUUGCCGACUUAAAACUCAUUAUACCCGUCUCUCCACCUCCGUCGCCUUGUGCUUCCACACCUCCCUUGAGUGCCGUGGGCGAGUGCGUUGUCCAUACAACUUCCGGUCCGCCUGAUGCAGGUGCUGGUACCGAGCCGGAUAUAGUUGUCCAAGAUCAUUGCAGCAAAACCGACUGCAACCUUAAUGCUCAAAUUUGGGACACUGACAUAUAUUCUCCCUUGGAUCCUGGUGCUCGCAAGAUGACAGAAGAUGACCGCCGCGAAGUAGCCAUCCAAGGCUGGGGGGAGGAGAAGCCAUCCUCUGCUGACGCGGCUCUGGCUUCCGUCUCGGGGUCCGAUGAUAGGAGUCGCUUGUUGGAGAGAGAACCGAAAUGCGGUAGCGGCGUUCGAGAUCCAACCUGGAGGGCAGGAAAGAACAUCACCGUCACAACCUCGAUUGAACAGGUUGUCACCCUUAAUACUGGAGCGGCAGAGCACACCAAGUUUGAGACCGAAGUCAAAGCGAUACUUCCGAGCAAUCCUGACAAUACAAACGCUGCCUCUUGUCUGCCUCCAAUAUCUAUGACCUCGGAUGACAAUGGGCCAACGUCAACACCCAGCAAGACUCAAAUCGGCGUUGCGCAACCAAGACCACUUCCUAUGAAUGUAGACGGUCUUCGUACGUUGGAGUUACCUGAGGCUCAUCCUCUUUUUAGUUCUGAUCGUGACGGUUUGUCAGAAGACAACACAAGGCCGACAGUUUGCGGACCAGGUUGCUGUAAAGGUAGCCAGCUUUUUGAUCAUCAAAUUGGUCGUCGCUCAAUACAUGAUUUGGUUGAUCAAACUAAGGACUAUGGUGGUAUGGACACGAAUCAUGGCCUUCCGCUUCUGAGCGAAUGUGUUCCUGAGCCCAACACACAAGAGACACCGGCAAAGAACAAGCCUCAACCCGAAACUGGAGCGUUUAGCUCAACACCUGCCAAAGUCUCCUGCUUCUCAACACCUUCAUUAAGCGAUGUAGGCACACCGGUAUCAAAGCUUUGCACUCCUUCCAGUGCUAAGACCGAUGUCGUUGAGUUGGCCGUCGAGGCUGAGAGGCCUCGCGAUGAUUCUGAGGCCAAAACUGCUGAUGAAAUUUGCGGCACCGACGUAGAUUUUGACCUGAAUUGUGGCGCUCGCAAGAUAACUGAAGAAGACUUCGUCAGACUGGGUCUUCAUACAUUGUCGUGGGCGAAACUGAGCGAUGCGAUCACGGAUCCUCCACCAAUGAGUAAACCAGACUUGCAUGGGCUGGAGAAUGCGUCCAAGGAUAGCCCCUUCCUGGUUAAUGGUGCCAACCCUAGGGAUAAUUCCGAAGAGAAUAUGGAGGCGAACAAGACUGGGCUCGACGUAGGCAACUCAAAGCUGCCUGUUACCAAUGCUGAUAGCUCUCUGAGUAUGAAACUAGAUCCGCCAAUCGACUUUUUCGGCGGCAUGGGCCAGCAAACAAGUCUCUCAAAAACACCUGACGUGAAUAGCUCGGAUGGUGCUGAUGAAUCAGUUUGGGUGAUGGUGGAGGUGGGUACAGAUAAUCUCGCGACCUACACGGACAUGUAA